GUGUGUGUGUGUGUUGGGGAACUGGUGGGAGAGGAGAGGAGAGGAAGAGAGGAGAGGGGAGGACCAGUGACUGAGGCAGAGGAGACAAGUGCGAAGAGGCUCGGCGCUGAACGGGACUCCACGUAAAUAAACGCAGCAGACGGUAUCGCUGUGUCGCAGGGGAGUGCAGAUACAGAACAGGCUCCGUGUUUCGCAGCGCAGAGAGAGGAGAUAAGAUUGAAGAAAACCACAGGAGAAGACAAAGCAGAGCACUAGCCAGGAAGGAGGAGGAGGAGAGAGGGGAUUUGAGUUUCUCUGUUGUGAAUGUGCAUGUGUCCUGUGACGGUGUGACUGAGCAGAGAGGCGGGGCGUCGCUGUAUUUGGGGGCAGACCUGUGCGUCACACACUGAUGAUGGAGAGGAGAAGGAUGGACGCAGCACUGCUGGUGUUGUUCCUGGUACACCUCGCUACUGCACUGGAGGUCCCACUAGACCUUCUGGAAGGACUGCCGCAGCCACCGACCAUAACUCACCAGUCCCCCAAGGAUUACAUCAUCGACCCACGAGAGAACAUUAUAAUCCAGUGUGAGGCGAAGGGGAAGCCUCACCCCAGUUUCUCCUGGACCAGAAAUGGGACCCACUUUGACAUUGACCAGGACCCCAACGUGACCAUGAAACCCCAUUCUGGGACUCUGGUGGUGGACAUCAGCAGAACGAAGGCCGAACAAUACGAGUGUGUGUACCAGUGCACAGCGAGAAACAAACAUGGAACUGCUGUUUCCAACAACAUAGUCGUACGACAGUCCAGGUCCCCCUUGUGGUCAAAGGAGAAAAUCAAGCCAAUUGUUGUUCAGGAGGGCGUGUCCUUAGUGCUGCCAUGUAGACCCCCAGCUGGCCUGCCUCCUCCCAUCAUAUUCUGGAUGGACAAUAACUUCCAGAGGCUGCCUCAGAGUAGAAGGGUAUCCCAGUCCCUGAAUGGAGACCUUUACUUCUCUAAUGUACUCCGAGAGGAUUCCAGGAAUGACUACAUCUGCUACGCCCGCUUCCCGUACACACAAACUAUCCAGCAGAAACAACCCAUAACCGUCAAGGUCCUCAAUCUGGAUGCAAUCAAUGACACAAUGGCAGCUUUUUACAAUGACACUGAUUUAUUUAGUGAAGACCCAGCAGAUGAGAGAAAGCCAACCUUCCUCAUCCCAUCUGGCCCCUCCAGCUCCAAGAUGGUGCUGAGAGGACAGGUGCUGGAGAUGGAGUGUAUUGCAGAAGGACUGCCCACCCCUGAAAUCUCCUGGACCAAAAAUAGCGGCGAUCUCCCAGUUAAUCGCACAUCUUACCUGCACUACCAAAAGACCCUACGUAUUGUGAACGUGUCAGAAUCAGACGCAGGAGAUUACCGCUGCACCGCCAGAAAUGAGCUUGGCUCGGUGUACCACACCAUCCACAUCAUGGUCAAAGCUGCUCCGUUUUGGAUCAGUGGUGCCCCCAGAAACCUUGUCCUAGCUCCAGGAGAGGACGGUGUGCUGACCUGCAGGGCCAGUGGCACGCCUAAGCCCUCCGUCACCUGGGCAAUGAAUGGCAUCCCCAUAGAGAAUUCGCCUAAGGAUCUCAGCAGAAAAGUGGAGGAUGACACCAUCAUCUUCAGUGUUGUGCAGACAGGAUCCAGCGCCGUCUACCAGUGUAAUGUCUCCAAUGACUACGGAUACCUCCUGUCCAACGCUUUUGUCAAUGUCCUCUCGGAGACGCCUAGAGUGCUGACACAAGCCAACAAAGUGUACCAGGUCAUCAAAAAUCACCGAGCCCUAUUAGACUGCGCUUCCUUUGGAUCACCCAUCCCUAAAAUUACAUGGUUUAAAGACAGCCGGUCAAGCACUCUUGAUGGAGACCCUUACAUCCACCAUGACAAUGGGACUCUAGAGAUUCACGUAGCUCAAGCCCACCAUAGUGGCAAAUAUACCUGCGUCGCCGGAAAUACCCUCGGUAUCUACGAGAACCACGUCUAUUUGGAGGUCAAAGAUCCCACCCGAAUCCUGAAGCAGCCAAACUACAAACAGGUCCAGAGGGGCAGGUCUGUAGUGUUUGAGUGUAAGGUGACAUACGACCCCUCACUCCAGCCCACCGUGACCUGGCUCAAAGACGACGGAGAGCUGCCCGAUGACGAGAGAUUAAUUGUAGACUUCGACAGCCUCACCAUCACAGAUGUGACAGAGAACGAUGCAGGGGUGUACACCUGCAUAAUGAACACCACUCUGGACCAUGAUUCAGCCAGGGCUGAGCUCACUGUUGUCGGGGCCACGCCAACGCCAGCUGUUGUCUACGAACGACCCGACCCCCCAACUGACCUGGAGCUGACGGACAAGAAAAAGAGGAGUGUUCAGCUCACUUGGACCCCUGGGGAUGAGCAUAACAGUCCUAUUCAGAAAUUUCUGAUCCAGUAUGAAGACUCACUGCACCACCGAGGACACUGGCAUAAUCUCACCGAGGUCCCUGGAACCAAGACAACAGCUCACCUCAAGCUGUCACCCUAUGUUCACUACAUCUUCAGAGUUUUGGCCGUCAACUCUGUGGGUUUCAGCCGUCCCAGCUUCCCCUCCAGAAUGUUUAAGACAGAACCUGCAGCUCCAGACGAAAACCCAACAGGUGUACAUGGAUUUGGAACAGAACAUGAUAAUCUUGUAAUCUCAUGGAAGCCGCUGACAGGCCUCCAGUCUAAUGGUCCUGGGCUUCACUAUAAAGUGAUGUGGAGGCAGAAGUUGAUGGAGAGUGAUUGGACCAAAGUGACUGUGGCCAACAACUCCAAGUUUGUUGUUUCCGGAACGCCCACAUUUGUUCCAUAUGAGCUCAAAGUUCAGGCAGUGAACGACCAUGGAGCCGGACCUGAGCCUGCUAUUGCCCAUGGCUACUCAGGAGAGGACUUGCCAGUAGCAGCUCCAGAAAAUGUGCAGGCCGUGUUGCUAAACAGUACUCUGUCAGAGGUGCACUGGGAUCCUGUGCCCUCCAAAUCUAUACGAGGACAUCUGAAAGGAUAUAAGGUGUACUACUGGAGAGAGCGUAGCCUCCACAAACACAACCCUCAUCAUGUGGAGAAGCAGAUCCUGACCUUCAGUGGGAAUCACACCCACGGCAUACUGCCUGGCCUGCACCCCUUCAGUCUCUACUCAUUUAAUGUCCGGGUUUAUAACGGGAAGGGAGAUGGUCCCCCGAGCCCCACCCAGCAGUUUGAGACACCUGAAGGGGUGCCGGGUCCUCCCACUUCCCUGGUAGUCACCAACACCAACAUGGACACUCUAACCCUUGAAUGGAAUCCUCCUCAUGACCAUAAUGGACACAUCACUGGCUACACCCUCAAAUAUCAGCCAGUCAAUAACUCCAAUGAGCUGGGCCCAGUGGAGGAGCUGGCCCUGCCCGCCAAUGCCACCUCAUUCACUUUGCUGAACCUCAAGUACAGCACACGCUACAAGUUUUAUUUGAAUGCGAAAACAGUCAGGGGAGCAGGCCUGGCCAUUUCUCAGGAAGCUGUCACCAUCAUGGACGAAGGAAACACGCAAACCCCUCAUUCCAUUGCACGGUCUCCUCCACGCCGUCCGCCCCACAAGGCGCGGCCUGUGAGUCCUUUUGGGAACAUUAGCUCCUCGUCUGGAGAGGACGGGACCCUGAUCAGUUGGGAGUACUGGGGCCCGGAGAAAAACAUUUAUAUAGAAUACAUAGUGAAAAACAGUGAAGGUGAAGAGAAGUGGCAGAAAGAGCUUGUGAACGGCUCUCAGAACAUUAUGCUGAAGGGCUUAAAGGAGGGCCUCUCCUAUAGGGUGCGUUUGGUGGCCAAAGGUCACCACGACCAGCCGCUCCACCGCUCUGAGGAGCUAUUGGUCUUGGUCCCAGCUGUGACGAGUAGACAGGUGGACAUCGCCACUCAGGGAUGGUUCAUUGGUCUCAUGUGUGCCAUCGCUCUACUCAUCUUGAUCCUCCUUAUCAUCUGCUUCAUUCAGAGGAAUAAGGGAGGGAAGUACCCUGUCAAAGAGAAGGAGGAUGCACACACAGACCCAGAGUUCCAGCCCAUGAAAGACGAUGACUGUACUUUUGGGGAAUACAGUGACAAUGAGGACCAUAAACCGUUAAAAGGGAGCCGCACGCCGUCUAAUGGGACAGUUAAGAGAGACGACAGUGACGACAGUUUAGUUGACUACGGGGAAGGAGGAGACGGACAGUUCAACGAGGAUGGCUCGUUUAUCGGCCAGUAUAGUGGAAAGAGUGUCAGCAGAGAGACUGCUGAGGGCCACGAGAGCUCUGAAGCCCCGUCCCCUAUUAAUGCCAUGAACUCCUUGAACUCUUUUGUGUAGCCAGUCAGUCCUCACAGACCAGUGUGAGGCGCCACACUGACUGCUCAAUCCCUGAAUCUCCCUUAAAGGGGUGUUCCAACACCUCAUGGCUUUAUGAUCACAUCUCCAUCCCCAGUGCCACACAUGACUCACUAAAUACACACACUCAUC